UGCGGAAUAUUGGUGACGAUGGUGAGGUACAGUAAGCCUAAAUGCGGAAGGGCUAGGCCUAUAUAUAGGUCUCACUGCAAUUACAGACUACUUUUGGAACCGGGGUUAUACCAGGUCACAGGUGUAUUAAUGCUAGCACGGAAAUUUAAUAAUGAUGCUAUCGACAAUAGGGAAUGAGAGAUUAUGGAGGCGAGAUUGGAACAAUGGAGGAUGCAGAAGACAAACAGGACACCACAAACCAGAAGGCAACCAACUGAUAGGAAAAAGCUACCUUGCGGCAAAGAAUUGAGUAGUUUUAAAACACAACAAAAAGGUCAAAUGUCAAGAAGCGUUCCAAGUUCAAGGAGGAAACAAAGGUCAAAACAGGAGGAUAGGUCAGCACAGGGACAAAGGUCUGUACUAGCUCUACGGUCAAAACAACAGGAUGUUCAUCAACGCAAAGAGACAAGCUCCGAUCUAACCAUGAGAGAAAAACUUGAAGCCUGGCUUGUUGAGAAAAAAAAGCGAAUAGAAUUUGAAAAAGCACAGAUUAAGAUUCGACGAUGGAACAGUAAUAAGAGGAAGCUAGCAGUGAGCCGUCUGGAUUGGCAGCCAGACACAAGCUUCAAACUAUGAGACAUUGUAACAAGCAAAUACCGGGAGUACUAUGGUCAAGAAAAAGCUUGUAAGUUAACUCCUGGUCAACUCCUUUGUCCUGCUGAUACAACUCAAAGGGAAGCGAUAAAUUUAAAGGAAAAUGUCAUGACAGAAAUCAAUUCAGUUAAAAUGAGUUUGGAGGAAGAAGGACUUGAGACGAUAAGAGUGUCUUCAG